AUGCGCCUGUCUUCAGGCCUCCUUCUGGCCAGCGCCUCGAGUGCGCUUGGCCAAUUCAACCAGUUUACUAGAUUCACAAACACGAGCACCGCUGCUGUCGAGACCUCGACCUCUCCCACUGAGUUCGAGACUUCUUCUGUCCCGUCUACCGCGAGCAUAGAAACCACUUCCACCAGUGUCGAGAGCACCGCUUCGUCCUCAGCAUCAGCCUUUGCCCCAAUUGUAUUCAAUCUCAAAGACGCCAUUUUGGGCCCGGGUGCUUCUUUCUACCCACCACCAGACGGCGAUACGAUUCUCAUGUCUCCUGUGGGCAGUGGCUCUACCCUCAAGCGUCGCGCUGGUCCUGUUCCCUUUCCGGUUAUCGCCCCCUUGAUUCUUCCCAACAAUGCAGUUUCCACUUUUAAACAACAAAUCUCUUCAGAUCUAGCUUUUUCUUUAGGUAUUGGCUCUUACAGAAUCCCGGUCACUAACGUCUCGUGCGGUGGCGCAGUCGUUUGCCCCAACAGAUCCAGGAAGCGUGCUGAAAGUAGCCCUUGUGCUUUCCAAGUUAUCUCCAAUGGUGAGGUUAUCCAGAUUCAACCCAUUCCCGAAGAUUUUAGCAACAGUAUUGAAAUAACUACCAACCCUUUCGUUCUGCAACUAGAAAACGAAUUAAAACUCCAACAAUCUUGUGGCGAUGUCAUCGUCCCUGUAAUCAUUGCAGGGGUCACGCUCGAGGAUGCUCAGGGUGCAACUCCAACUCCCAUCCCUACACCCAGUAUUGGUGUACCUACUGGUAGCGAGACUGAUUCUUCUACCGGAACCAACACGGCAGAGUUUACUACCAACUCCGAAGGCGAGACCAUCCUCCCUACUACCAACAGUCAAGACUUUACGACCAACUCAAAAGGUGAGACUGUCUCCCCUAUCGGGACGGAUAUCGCUACAAACUCAGAGGGUGCCACUACCAACUCAGACGGCGAGACUGUCUUCCCGACAGGGACUGUUACAGAUGUCAACACUAACUCUGAGAGUGCCACUACGAACUCGGAGGGUGAGACUGUCUUUCCAACUGGCACUUCUACUGGUACCAUUUCUGCAUCCUCAACUUCUACUUCGGUUGCUGGGUUUCCCGGUGAUGUCGGCGGUUUCAGUCUCUUCGGAUGUGCGGGAUCUACCGCAGGCUUCCCUACCUUUACGCUUGCCGAGUCGAGCGCGCUGAUGGAUCUCGAUGUAUGUGCUGGCCUUUGUGAGGGACGUGCCUAUUUUGGCGUCCAUGAUACUACUGUGUUUUACAACCUGGACCAAUGCGACGUCGAGUGUCCUGGAGACAAGACGCAGUUCUGUGGAGGUGAAGUCGAGAACAAGCUUCGAGCCCGCCAGGCCAUCUCUAGCAAUAUCCUCCUUACACUUUACGCUAGGGCCGAGGCUAUUGUCUCCCUUACUGAGUCUGUCACCCAAACGGUAACAAAUCAGGAGACUAUUGUUAGCACUUUCACCACUGUCGCUAGCGGUGAAAGCAUAGCCACCGAGAUCGUCACUGCCACUCUGGUAUGCGUUGAUGGGAAAUGCCAUUCGAGCAGCUCAAAAAACGUUGCCGUCUAUAUUUUUGUCGAGAUCAAUGGCAGUGAUUGUGACGGCCAAUGGGUUUAUAUCUCUGAGCCCUGUCCUGGUGGUCAACAGUAUAUUCCCCACCUUUGCUCAGACGGAAAAUGCGCGAGCCUCAAUGUUUACAAACCUCAACAAUGCCCAGAUUGGUAUAACUACAAGUCUUUCUUUGUUCCAUCAGAUUGCACGACUUGUGCCCAGGGCAAGAUUAGCUAUCAACCUUGGGACAAGUCUUGGGGCAUGCCUGAUGACUGCAACGGCCAAGUUCCUAUCUGCGAGACAUUCGAAUGUCCUUCUCAGCAGCCGGUUGCUAAACCACACCACGGUAUCAGCUGGAACUCCACUAUUCCUCAUGGAGGGUCUGGAGGAGGCUAUAGUCCGAGUCCCAACGGCGGUUCCAGUGGAGGGUCAAGCUCAGGAUCAAACGGGGGGUCAAGCUCGGGCUCGAAUGGAGGUUCAAGUGGGGGUUCUAAUGGAGGCAGCGGCAGUGGUUCAAACGGAGGUUCCAGCUCUGAUUCUCAAGGAGACACAGAGGGUUCUGGAUCUUCUGGUUCUAAGGGCUCUUACCCCAGCACUGUCCCUGUUAUUAGUGGUGCUAUCAAGCAGACAUCUGGUGUACUUUCUCUUCUUGUCGGACUUUCAGCCCUUCUUUAA